AUGGCUGAAGACCACAGCGAAGCAGUUCAGAGUGGGGAGAAACAAAGUGCAAAGGGGGGCAAGGAGAACCGUGACUUUGUGGCUGCUCUGAGUCAAGAAGACAAGAGCCUGAACUUUGAGGAACAGAUCCUGGAAGCUGCCAAAUCCAUUGCUGCAGCCACAAGCACCCUGGUGGGCAUCAUCCCUGCCAAUGCAGUGGACAAUGGACAGUGGUUUCAGGGACUCAUUUCAGCCAUGAGUAUCAAGGUCAUGCCUGCAUGCAUGGUAGCUGCUGCUACCAACAACCUGUGUGAAGCCACCAAUGCAGCAGUGCAGGGCCAUGCCAGCAAGGAGACCAAGCAGGUGGCUGCCUCCACAUCACAGCUCCUGGUGGCCUGCAAGGUGAAGGCUGACCGUGACUCAGAGGCCAUGAACUGGCUCCAGGCUGCCGGCUAUGCAGUGAAGAGAGCAUCAGACAAUCUGGUGAAGGCAGCACAAAAAGCAGCUGCCUUCCAGGAUCAUGAUGAGACAGUGGUGGUGAAGGAGAAGAUGGUUGGGAGAAUUGCACAGAUCAUCACUGCCCAAGAGAAAAUGCUGCGCAAGGAGCAGGAGUUGGAGGAGGCGUGGAAAAAGCUGGCCAUGAUCCGGCAGCAGCAGUACAAAUUCCCGCCCUUGGAGCUGCAGAAUGAAGAGCAGAACUGAGUCCUGCACCCUUCCACCACUUACCACACAGACUGCUGCCUACCCACUCCUAUUUAAGACAACCUUCCUCAAACAAAGGGCUGCCUGGGCUAGACCAGAGCUCUGCCCGCACCCAGAGUGCUAGGACUAACCUAGUCACCACUCAUUGGCACCGCACCAGCAACUGUGCUUUGCCACCCAGCCCACCUUCCCAUGCACACCUAGGGCAUGGCCAGAGCACCUCAAGGGGCCUAACUGGAGUGAGAGCUGGGGCUGUGCCAGCUCAGAGCUCACCCACCAGACCCAGAGGCUGGGGGGCUGGAGAGCUCCCCAGCAUGGGGAAUGUUUCCAUGUGCAUUCAUCAUUCCCACUUGUGUUCCUUUCUUCUCUCUCCUCUGCAUGGGAGGGGAGAGGCGGGCAGCUUGCCCUCUGUGCAAUGGGGUGCAGGGAGCAGCGUGGUCCUUCACUGAGCUCUUGCAUGGAGCUGCCUUUCACCUCCAGUGCCCUAUUGCUGGCUAAAUCUCCCUCUUCCUCCCCAGCUUCCCUGGGAGACAUCAAGCAUGCACACACACACACACCAUGAACAUCUUCUUCAGCCUGGGCCCCUCCUGGGAGGUCUGGAAGCUGCACUGCCUCUACUCAGGGUGGGGGAAUGCAAUGGGUUUGCCCCUGGAGCUGCUCUUUGCCUUCCCACCGGGCUUUUCCCCCUUGUGGCCCCAGCCAGCUCUGCCCUGUUCUUCUUUCCCAAGUGCCUGCAUCAUUUUCCAAGACCUGCAGUAUUUUUGGAACUUUUUAGUUUCUCUAGUAUCGAACCUGCAGCUUUUAACAUACAUUUACUAAGCUUCCCCUAUUAAACAUUGGAGGAAACCAGCUUCCUCCUGACACUCUGGCCUGGGAGGUGUCAAUGUCUCCUUGGAAAGACAUGUUCAUCAAUAAAAUCUAGUUUUACU